AUGCCGCCGCCACGGAGAGCAGCGCGUCGCCGGUCCGCCACCGCCGCGGAGCCCCCACGCGCCGUGCGAGGCAGCCGCCGGCUGUCCGUGCGGCACGGCGAGCCGUUCAAGCGGGAGGGCCGGUGCGGCGACGGCGGCGACGACGACGACGGGCUGCCGCUGAGCGACGAGGCCCUCCUCCUCGUCUUCUCGGCGCUCUCGUUCACGACCGCGGACCUCGUCCGCUGCGCCGCCACCUGCCGGCGCUGGCGCCGCCUCGUGUCGGCCGACGCCGCCUUCAUCUGCCCGCUCGCGACCCCGCGCUCGGACCCCUGCAUCGGGAGCCUCGCGCUCGGCUUCUUCCACUCGCACAUGACCGACGGCGGCGUCGCGCAGCCGCGGUUCGUGCCCCUGUCCGCCGCCGCCUCGCGUAUCCAGCCCUCGUUCGCCGCGCUCGUGGACGCCGGCGCGUCCCGCGUGGUGGCGUCCCGGAACGGCCGCCUCGUGCUGGACCUUCGCCGCCGCGCGAACACGAGGGUCACCCACGCCGUCAGGCUGGGCGUCUGCAACCGGGUGACCGGCGGCGGCGGCGGCGUCGACGUCCUCCCGCAGCUGCGCGGCAAGGACAGCCCCUCCGGGCCCUACGCGUGCACGGUGAUCACCGCGGCCGACGAGCGCGGCGGCGACCGGCGUAUGAUGACGCGGUACUCGUCCUACCGCGUGCUCCUCCUCUACAACCGCCGCGGCUUCACGGCGCUCCGGUGCUACUCCUCGGACGCGGGAAGCUGGGGGCCGGAAGCGGAGGUGACCGGCGCCAGGAUCGGCAGGACCCAGCUCGCCGUCGGACCGCACGCCGCCGUCGUGCACCGCGGGGUCGUGUUCUGGCCUCGCCUCGCGGUGGCUCUGCGGCUCGACUCUUUGCUGCAGCCGGCGCCUGCCGUUGCCGUGUCCGCGGCGAAGAACAACGCCGACACGCCGCCGCGGUACACCGUGGCGGGCUUCUCCCCCGCUGCGCGACAGCGCCACUCGAGCACGACGGUCAGCGCGGCACACCGGUUGCUGGGAGUUAUGCCUGGCGGUGGAUUGCUCCGUGUGGAGGCUGACAGUGAGACGAUACGGGCCUACUGGGGAGGACGCAAAGACGGAGACGCCGACGGUGACGGAGACAUCGUCGACGGCGGCUGCUUGCUUGGCGAAGCGUUGAAGUGGAGGUGGACGAAGAUGCAGGCGCUGAUGAUGGUGCACACGGUGAGGCUGCGGUGGCUCUGCGAGAAGAGCGGCCUUGUCAUCUUCACGGCCAGGAAUAACUCUGACCCGUACACUCACGUUUACACGUUGGACGUGGAGACGGAGGAGUUCAGGAGGGUGGCGACCGCAGCCGGCGGCGAGUCGUCGUUGGGGGAGAUGUGUGGGUACGAGAUGGACCGGGUGACGCUGCUCGCCUUGCUCGGCCGGUGA